AUGAGACAAAGAAUAUCUUUCUCAUGUACCAAUUGUAGAAAGAGGAAAGUUAAAUGUGAUCGAAAGAAACCAUUAUGUUCAGCAUGUCAAAGAAAUAGAAUACCGGUUCAUUUAUGUACUUAUGAAACAUCACCUCAUAUCUUGAAGGCAGCUGCCGAUAAUCAAAUCAAAUUACAACAACAAUUACAUUUACAACAACAACAUCAAUUACAUUUACAACAAAUCCAAGCCAGUCAGAAUUCACCAUCUUCUGAUAUAGAUCAUAGUCAUGAUGUUACUAUACUAUCCAAUAGCAAUUCUAAUGUCGAUACUAUUUGUAGUUUACGUGAUUUUGCUUACAUCAAACCAAACUUUGAAACUAUUGCUUAUUUCGGAGCUACAAGUUGGAGAACCGUUUUAAAAGAAUCAUUUAGAUUUCAUCCUAUAGUAGUUGAAUCAUCUCGAAAAACUUAUAUUGAUAUUAAAUCAUGGUAUAAAACUUCAUAUCAACAAGAAUUAGAAGCAGAUUUACCUUCUCAUAUCGGGAAUCUUGAAUUAUUAAAUGAUUUAUUACCAAGUUAUAAAGCAAUGUCUAAAUUAUUAAGUAAUUUUUUACAACAACAAGAUGAUUUAAUAUUUAAAUGUUUUAGUCUGACUGAUAUUUUCAAAUAUUUUAAUAAUACUUUUAAUCGAAAUGGGGAAUUAAAUUCAAAUCCUUCAAAAGUUGAUAUAUGUAUUACAUUAUCAAUUAUAAUUUUAUCAUGUUAUAUUAAUAAUGAAUUUGAAGUUGAUUUAACUACUUUAUAUCAGAUGAUAAGAUAUCAAUUUAAUAAUUAUAAAUUUCAAAUUACUGUUCCUAGUUUACAAGCAAUGGUAUUAAUGUAUGAAUUAAAAAAAUAUGAUUAUAUGGGAGAUUAUAAUGCAACAUUUGUUCAUGAUAUAAGUUUAUUAUGUUCGAUUACAACCACUGCAACAUCAUUAGGAUUAAAUCGAGAUAUUGAAAAAAUUCAUAAAGAAUCAGAUAUUUCUCAUCAAAUUUCAGUUCGAAAUCUUUGGAAAUAUAUUCUUUUUGAAGAUGCAGUAAGAGCUUUUAGAUAUGGUCAUCAAUUAUAUUUAGAUGAUGAUUAUAUUGAACAACAAUUAUUAGAAGAUGAUGAGUUUAAUUAUAAAAAUCGAAUUGAAAUCAUGAGGAAUAUAUGUCGAAGAUUAAAUCUGUAUACUUUGAGUGAAAAAAUCAAUUUAAAUUCUGAAAUUGAAUUUACAAAACCAUUACUGAAAUCAGAUAAUUUUAUUGAUCUUGCUUUAAUUCAAACUUUAAUGCAAAUUCGAUAUGUUAAAUUCCCAACUCCAUUUCAUUUUCAACAUUUUUUUGAAUCUUCCCUUGCAUUAUAUAAAUCAUCAACAAAGAUUGUUGAAAGAGGUAUGACAUGUCAUUUCCUUCAUGCUAAAGAAACUUUAUUCCGAGCUGCUUAUGGGAUCUUAUAUAUUUUACUUGAUCUUAUAAUUCUUAAGAAUUGUAAAGAUUCUGAAAAAAUUAAACAAUCACAAAAGGAACAAUCAUCUACAGAUACAGAUAAAAAACCACUUGGAAUUAACUUAACUUUAAAGGGAGAACUCAUUACACUUGAUUGGUUUUUUAAAUUUUUUUAUGAUGAACAUCAACCAUUAUUAAAUAAAAUAAGACCUUAUAAUGAACCAAUUCGAUAUGCCCUUAUUUCUAAUGUUAAUAUAUUAGAAUUACUUAAAGCUCAUUUAGAAAAUGAAGAAGGGAUAAAAGUUGAAAUUAAUGGGAAUUAUAGCAAAGAUACUAUUGAAGAAGGUGAUGAUUUAUAUGAAUUCUUUUAA